AUGAUCGACACAUUGACAGCACUCGUGCUAUUCCCAUGGAAAAGGAACAAGUCCGUCAUUCGAUCCUCGUCAACUGGAUCGUAUCCGUAUCCUCGGACUCACACAACUCUUAUGGUCAUUCCGUCAACAAGACCACCUCCACCGCCACAGCCGACCAAAGUUUUUGUGGGAGCUCGACGAAGGCCGCCACUGAAUCGCGCAUGUCCUCCGAUUCCGGAGAGCAAGAGCAAUGAAUCGAUAAUGAGCCAUGCAUCGAGAAUCUCUGAAAAGCAAAAAGAGCAAGCCAAGGAGGAGGAGGAGGAGGCCAACGAUUUGGUCAUCGAGAAUCGAAGUGCCGUCGACUCGUUGUUGCGUCUUGACGCCAAUUCCAAUAUCAAUUCGAAUUGUUCAAUUGUCGCAAAAUCGCUGAAAAUUGAGAAGAAGAAAAUGUCGUCGGCGCCGCGGAGCCCGCUGAUGAGUGUCGCGCACAGCGUCAAGAGCAAAUUCAGCAAAAUCACGCAUCUCGGACGAAACUCUUCCGAAUCAUCGUCGUCGGCGAUUAAGACAAGCCAGAGCUUCUCCGGUGUUCGACAACCGAAGACGAUUCCGAAGCGAAUCGAUCAGAACGCGAAUCGCGUCAUCAAAUCGUCGUCUAUGGAUGUGUCGCAGCCGUCGACAUCAAAGGUUUCAAUUCCGCAAGAUCCGACUCCAUUGAUCGACGACAAGAUUGAAGAGGUCUCCGAGACGGGCCUGAUUCAUAAAAGCGAGCUCGCUCCAUCGAAACCAAUGGAGCACGUUUGUGUCAAACUUGAAGAAGAUGUUCUCGUCGUUACGAAAGAGUUUGAUGAGAAAUAUCCAGGGCAGAAACGAUCUGUGAGUCCGGACCCUCCAAUUUUCGAAGAUGUUAGCGUGAAAGUGGAUGAGCCAGUGAAUGUUGAAGUUGUUGAACAAGCGGCGAAGGAGACGGUGGUCAUGUUUGAUGCGAACGCAAAUCCAAAGACCCCUGGUCCGACGAGACGAGUCACGUCUCCUGACCGAUUUGUGUUGACUGUGAAGACUCCAGAAGCGCUUCGGAAACAUAAAACAUUGAUAAUCGAGGAGAGACCAGCGGAUCAAGAGAUUCAGUGUGUGACGAUGAAGACGGUGAAAGUCAAGGAAAUCAAAGUCAAAGAGGAAGUCUAUGAGGAGCCGACGCCGCCGGAAAAAUUCAUACUGAAAGUGAAAACGCCGGAAGCGUUGCGACGGCAUCAUACGUUCACGAUUCGCGACAAAUCGCCGGAACAAAUCGAGGAGGAACGCAAAUCGCGCAUCGCCAAAUCGCAUUCCGACGUGCACGUCAGCAAAAAGGCGAAGAAGCUCGUUAAACAAAAGUCGGAGCCCGAGAAAUUCGUUUCGCCGGAGCGAUUUAUUCUCACCGUCAAGACGCCAGAAGCGCUCAGGAAGCAUAAGACGUUGGUUAUUGGCGAGAAGGAGGCGGUUCCAGAACCAAUUGUGCACACUGAAGUUCAAGAAGAAGAGGUGACGAAGAAGGCUGAAAAGAAGAUCAAACGAUCAGAAUCCGCGAAAGUUGACGAGAUUCGCGAUCAGGAGAAUCCGACAAAAUUUGUGAUGAUCAUGAAGACUCCAGAAGCGCUUCGACGACAUCACACAUUCACUGUUGGCGAUCGUCCCAAAUCGCCCGACUAUCCUUAUAUAGAAGAGGGCGAGAUCACCGAGCCGAUUGCUACUGUUGGUCCGCCUGCCGAGAGAAAACGAAAAGAGGAGGCGAAAGAGGCGAAGCGCAAAGAGUGGGAGAACUACGACAAACCACCGGAGAAGAAAUUCAUUCUCACCACAACGACGCCGAUUACACUCCGCAAAUACCAGACAUUCGUUGUUGAGCCGAAAGACGAGAAGAAGGUCGCGACGUCGACGAGUGCCGAUGCCGUCACAAUGACGACCAAGAAGAACAAGAAGAUCGAGAGAAGCGAAUCGACUGAUUCGAAGAAGCACAGCUAUUUGAGGCGUCUGCAAUUCGAGCUAUUCCGUGGAAGAAGUCGAGAGAGGGGAUCGGAGAGAAAAGAAAAACGACAAAAAUCUCUUGAUGAGCGGAAACCACAAUCAACGCAGAAGUAUGUUCUUUCUACGACAACUCCGAUAAUGAUGAGGAAGUAUCAAACAUUCUCAAUUGUCGACACCAAGGCUGAGGUCGAGGCUCCUGAAAACACGAAUCUCGAAUCUAUCGCAGCAGCAUAUCGAAAAGAGAAAUCGUUUGAUGAUGAGAAGACGACGUCGCCGGUGAAGACAUCUGACUUCUAUUCGAUCACUGCCACCACUCCACUAGCGAAGAGGAGAAGUCCACCGCAAGAGGAAGAUCGAGCAUCGUUUAGUCCGCAUUCGAGAAAAGAGCUCUCACCGGAACCGCGAAAACUGUUCGUGAUGGGUGGUCGAAGGUCGACGACACCAAAUGACGAGCGCAAGCCAAUGGAGCCGCCGCGAAAUUUGAACCUCGACAGAAGCCAAUCGGACAACGCCGAGCAGCUCGAAGAGCAGAAAUCAACAAUGUCUGGCGAUUUGACCUCGCCGGAAGAGGAAAUCCCGAUGGACACGAAUUUGACGCCAACGACCGACGAGGUGCACGUGAUAUCACGGAAAAUUGAGGGAUUGAUGGCGUCGCCAAUUGAAGAAGAGCCUGAAGGACUCACGUCGUCGAUUCGAGAUGUUUCGAUCAAAGAUGAGGUGCCGCAGCAAAGAGCCGCACCUGUGUUCACACCGCCGACGCCGCCGAAAGAGCAAUUCCCGUUCACGAUGACGAAAUCGACGUCGACGUCGUCGGCAGAGUCAACGUCGAGAGCGAAGCCAACGCAGCUACCGAUUAUGAGAGCAAUUCCGGUGAUUGAUCCAAUGCAUAUCGUUGAGUUGAAGCCCGACGAACACAAGAAAUCUGGCAAAAAAGAGUCGUCGCACAAAUCGCAGAUUGCCUCCAAGUCGCUUCGCAACGCCGGCAAAAUGUUGACACCGUCGUUUUUGCGCAAGGAUCGCAAGGCAUCGAAAAAGAAGGUGUAUCUGAAAACAACGACGACUGGAAGAGAGCACAUCUCGGAGAAAAUUGAUAGACGAGCACCACUUGCCGAAGGCGAAUCUUCAGUGGUCGCGAAUUCGCCACUCGUUGAAAACUUGCCGAUCACCUACGAGAAAUGGAGCACGAAGAGUCCGAGGCCCGAGAAACGCUUCUCAGAGACGAUUCCUGAAGAGACAACGGUUGUCGGAAGCGGCGUCGACGCCAACGCGAAUAGCCUUCAAUCACCGCAACACGUCCAUCAUAUUCAACUUCAGAAGCAGCAGCAGCAGCACGACACCGGACUCAUCGACGACGACAUUCUUGACCAGCCGAUGCUCGUUGGAGACAGCUUCUCUCAUUCGUCUUCCAUUGAUUGCCUUUCGAUUCAUCAGAAAAUGAAUGAGAGCAUUAUGUCAAUUGAUCGUUCGCUCACACAUGAUUCAAGAAGUGCGAACAAUCGGGAUCGACAGAAUAGCAACAUAAACCACUGUCAAAAUUACACGAGACAAAUCGAUGUUGGAUUAUCGGAUAUCGCCGAUGUUAAAACACAACUCCAAAAUCUCAACAAAAUUGUCAACGAACUUGGAAUUGACAGCUGGGAGGAAGAAAUUAUACGAUUACGACGUGAAAACGAGCAACUACGUCGUCAACUCGCUGAGAAAGACGCCACCAUAGCAGCAUUACAGUCGCAAACGAUUUCUUCGUAA